AUGAGCAAGCCCAAAGUCGAACUGCACAUUGCCGAAUACGGCGUCAUCACGCUGGAACUGGACGACGCCAAGGCGCCCAAGACCGUUGCCAACUUCCUGAACUACGUCAACAAGGGCCACUACGCCAACACCGUGUUCCACCGCGUGAUCCCCGGCUUCAUGGUGCAGGGCGGCGGUUUCGAGCCCGGCAUGAAACAAAAGCCCACCGAUGGCGAAAUCGAGAACGAAGCCAACAACGGCCUGAAGAACGACAACUACACCGUCGCCAUGGCACGCACCAACGCGCCGCACUCGGCCAGUUCGCAGUUCUUCAUCAACGUCGCCGACAACGGCUUCCUGAACCACACCGCACCCAGCGCCUCGGGCUGGGGCUAUGCCGUGUUCGGCAAGGUGAUUGCCGGCACCGACGUGGUCGACAAGAUCAAGGCCGUCAAGACCGGCCGCAAGGGCUUUCAUGACGACGUCCCGAUGGAAGACGUGAUCAUCCAGAGAGCCAUCUCGCUGGACUGAGUGCCCCAGCCGCCGGUGAACACUCCCCAGGCCGUCCCCGAGAUCGCGGAGCUUUCUGCUCCGCCGUCCUGGCGCACGGUCGACUUCAUUUCCGACCUGCACCUGCAGGCCGGCGAACCCGCCACCUUCGAAGCCUGGCGGCAUUACCUCGAAAGCACGCCCGCCGACGCGGUCUUCAUCCUGGGCGACCUGUUUGAAGUCUGGGUCGGCGACGAUGCCGUCGGCGAAGACCUGGCCUCUGCCGCCGCCGCUUUUGAUGCGCGUUGCGUGCAGGCCAUGGGCGAAGCCGCCGGCCGGCUGGCGCUGUUCUUCAUGCACGGCAACCGCGACUUCCUGGUCGGCCAGGCCCUGAUGGACCUGUGCAACACCACCUUGCUGCACGACCCGACCGUGCUGGAGUUUCCCGCGGGAUCGGGCCGGCGCUGGCUGCUCUCGCACGGCGAUGCCCUGUGCCUGGGCGACACCGACUACAUGGAAUUUCGCCGGCAAGUGCGCAGCCCUGAAUGGCAGCGCGCCUUCCUGGCCAAACCGCUGGCCGAACGCCAGGACAUCGCGCGCGCGCUGCGCCGGCAAAGCGAGGCGCGCAAGCAAUCAGGCGCGUCCUAUGCCGACGUCGAUGCCGAGGCCGCCCGCCAGUGGCUGCGCGCGGCCAAGGCCCCCACGCUGAUCCACGGCCACACCCACAAGCCGGCGCUGCACGACCUGGGCGAAGGCCUCUCGCGUGUGGUGCUCAGCGAUUGGGACCUGGCCGCCCCCGUGCCGCGCGCCGACGUGCUGCGCCUGGGCGCCGGCGGCUUGCAGCGCAUUGCCCUGUGCUGA